AUGAUGAACCAAUAUUUGAAAGAACUUGAAGCGGACCCAUUUGAUCCAGAUGAAUUUGUGGAGAGAAUGGUUAGACGUAGUAUGCAAGAGUGCCGUCUUAAAGAUGAUCAAUUUGAUCCAGUAAUGAUUCAUGAUAUUUUCACACAAGCAAUACAAGACUUGAAGGUUCUCCAAGAAAGACAAGAAAGGAAAUGUGCAAGAUUAGAGCAGGGUGUUCAAGAGGAAGAAAAAACGUAUUUGGCCAAACUAGCCGAGAUCAUGGAUCAACAUACACAUUGUGUCUCAGUGUUCAGUGCCCUUGAUGAAAGAAUGUCCAGGUGUGGAGGGAGAGCUUUAGAUGUCGGUGAGAAGUUGGGUGCUGCCAGGGCACCGAGGGCUCGAGCAGCUGCAGCCCGAGACUUGUUGUCACAUUUGGCCAAUUUUCUUAGCCCAGGACCAGUACUCAGUGAUCUGUUUAGUGAUUCUAACAAGUUAAAUGAAGCCGCAGAUGUCAUUCAAAAGUUAUAUACAAUAGCCCAAGAACUGCCACCGGAUAAAUUUGAAGUUGCCAGAAAGAAAAUUGAAGCAAAAUACGAUGAGAUUGAAAGGAAUCUUAUCGAGGACUUUGUCAAAGCUCAACACCAGAGCAACAUGGCCAAAAUGAAGGAAAUAGCCAACAUCAUGACCAACUUCAAGGGCUAUUCUCAGUGCGUGGAUGCCUUUAUAGAGACCAGCCAAAUGAACACACUGACAGGUAAAGAUAUAUUUUCUUCAGUGUUGCCCCUUUGCAAAAAGAAUAACGCCAUAAUAAACAACGUUUUCCCAAAUCCCGAGCAAGUGAUGAGCAAGUUCGUAUUGAACAUCUUCCAUUUGAAGCUGCAGAAGUAUAUCCAGACGAAACUCGCCGACAAGAAUGACCUCGAAAAGUACUUACGGAACCUGUACGACGUCUACACCAGCACGCAGCGAGUGUGCGACGAGCUGGUGGCGGCCAGGCUGGUGUCGGCCGAGGGCGACGAGGCGACGGGCGAGCUGCGGCGGGAGGCGCUGGUGAACGGGGCCAUGGCGGCCGGCGCGGACGGCUACGGCGCCCUCGAGCUCCGCCGGCUCAAGGCCGCGCUGGCCGCCGCGCUUCACGACUACUACGCCGACAAGCGGCACGUCAAGAGGCAGCCGCAAGGCGGAGGUUUCCAGGAGCUGCGGCGCGACCUGCAAGCGGCGCUCGGAGGGCGCGCCCCCAUCACCAUCGCCCACAUCGAGGACUACGGGGGUGAAACCUUUCUCUGCCGAAAGCUGGCCGAGACCGUGCUGGCCUCCGCCCGGACCUCCUUCCUCAGGUGUCGGACUCUGUGUUCCGGCGCGGAGCUGGACAACUGCGCGCUGUCUCUCCUGGAAGUGCUGAUCCAGCAUCUGCUGGUGGAGCACGUGGACUACGCCUUGGACCUGGGAGUGCACUCCAUCCCCAUCGCGGAGGGAAAGACCCCACCCCAAAUAUAUUUUUUCGACAUCGUCCACGAGACAAACCAAAUAGUGAAGAUGUUCGGGGAGUGCUUCCAAGAGUGCGUGCUCCCUUGUGUGAGUUCGGCGGGCAAACGGGCCGACUGCGUCCAGCGCAAGAAGGCCGUCGUCGAGCAGCUGGAGAUGAAGCUCGACGCGGGCCUCGAGAGAGCCAUCUCGGCGGCCGUGGGGUGGGUGAGGAUGUACCUGCAGACCGAGCAGAGGAAGAGCGACUUCAAGCCCGAGGGAGACGUGGACACGCUGGCCUCGCCGGCGUGCCUGGGCGUGGUGGCGUUUGUGGCGGGGCUCAUGGAGCGCGUGGCGCGGACCCUGGACGGGGCCAACCGGGCCGCGGUGGCAGCCGAGCUGGCCGUGCGCCUUCACCGCGUCAUCUACGAUCACCUUCACAACUACCAGUUUAACUCCGCAGGUGCGAUGAUCGCGAUCUGCGACGUGAAGGAGUACAGAUCGGCGGUGUGCGGGCGCGGAGGGACCGGCGCCCCCGCCCCUGCGCCCGCUCUCUUCGACGCCUUGCACGCGCUCUGCAACCUGCUGCUCGUCAAGCCCGAGAACCUGCACCAGGUGUGCGAGGGAGAGACCCUGGCGGAGCUGGAUCGUUCGGUGCUGCUCAACUUCAUUCAACUCCGAGCCGACUACAAGAGCCACAAGUUGGCGACGUUCCUCAAGGGACUCUCUUAG